AUGCAGCGCCGCCACCGCCGCCGCUGCGUCUCUUUCAGCCGCUACGGAGACGCGGAGGAGGAGGAGGCGAGGGUGGAGGAGAGGAAGGAGGAGGAGGGGGGGGAGGGUGGCUUCUGCUACGCGGCGUGGCGCAACGUGUCGGGCGACAUCUUGCUGGAGCGCCAGGGCUGCUGGGUGCACGACUGCCGUGGGAGGAGCAAGUGCGUGGAGUCGAGUAGCAACCCGUUUGUCUACUUCUGCUGCUGUGACAGGGACCUCUGUAACGUCGACUUCGCCCGACGGCCCCGGCCACACGAGGUCACUCAGCAGCCUACGCCGGUGGCCAGGCCGGUGCCCACGCCAGUGACCCUGCUGUCCGUCACGACGCCGCUGCUUCUGCUGCUGCUGCUGCCGCUCUCCGUGUGGACGUACCGGCGAUGCCGCAAGCUGACGCACGCCACAACGCCUCCGCAGGAGGCGGUGAGCCUGACGGCGCUGCUGCCGCCGCUGCUGCUGCUGGACUUACGAGCCGGCGGUCGCUUCGGCUGCGUCUGGCGCGCUCAGCUCCUGUCCGAAGUCGUCGCGGUGAAGAUUGUCCAGACCGUGAACCAACGGCUGUGGCAGAACGAGGUGGACAUUUUCGUCACACCCGGCCUGAGUCACCACAACCUGCUGCAAUUCAUCGGCGCGGAGAGGCGGGAAGGGAACGCCGAACCCGAGAUGUGGAUCAUCACCACCUUCCACGAGCGGGGCUCGCUGUGCGACCACCUCAAGGGCUCCACGCUGUCGUGGCACGAGCUCUGCCACGUGGGCGAGACGUUGGCACGCGGCCUCGCCCACCUCCACCGCCACGUGCACGGAGGCAAGCCGGCCAUCGCCCACCGCGACUUGAAGAGUAAGAACGUGCUGCUGAGGAGCGACCUGUCGGCCGUCGUCGCCGACUUUGGCUUGGCGCUCAAACUCCAGCCGGAUUGCCCACCCGUCGACAUCCCGCGGGUCGGCACUCUCCGCUACAUGGCCCCCGAGCUGCUGGAGGGCGCCAUCUGCUUGCAGUCCGACGCCUUCCUUCACAUCGACGUCUACGCGCUGGGCCUGGUGCUGUGGGAGAUCGCCACGCGCUGCAUGUCCAGUGGCG